UUAUCUCGGAAGUCUAAAAGGUGGGGGUGCCCGCGGGUCCUUCUGGGUGUGAUGGUUUAUGGAGAUGUCUCAGCUGCCCGAGUUAAGGAGACAAGACAGUGGGUGUGAUUCAAACGCCGGCAACGCCAGGAGUUAAUCGGACCAUGGCCCGGCGCUAGAUGUUGCUGGAUCUACACACACACACACACACACACAGCGCUGAGGCGACACAGCAAGGCGCUGGAGACCCAGGAACUCAAAACCACGACCAAAUCUUAACUUUGUCCAAGUCAGAAUCGCCACCAGCUAAACGAAUUGAGGGAAGGAAGCGAUUUACAAACAUAAAGAAACAUUACAACGUGCUGAUGAUAAUCCGCCGUGAAACUUGAAUGGGCGUUGAUACAAUGCAGCCGGGAACCCGCGGGAUGGGAAUCGGAUAAAAAACACAGGAUAAGAUAUUCCGGAGACAAGGAGCGGUCCAGGAGCGCCUAUAAACAUCGCCGGGAAGGUUACUACGGAUCUGUGCUACCGGUUACCAUGGUGAAUGAGACAUCUCGAUCCUGGGAUCCCAAGUUUGAGGACCAAGCCAUCAACGUGAACGUGGGGGGCCUGAAGAGAAAGCUGAGCUCCAGCACACUCUCCAGGUUCCCCAACACCAGACUGGGCCAGUUACUCGCCUGCGACUCGGAGGAGUCCAUCCUACGGGUAUGUGACGACUACGACGUCUCAAAGAGAGAGUUCUACUUCGACCGGCACCCGGGCCUCUUCCCGUACGUCCUCAACUUCUACCAGACCGGGAAGCUGCACAUGAUGGACGAGCUGUGUGUCUUCUCCUUCUCGCAGGAGAUCGAGUACUGGGGCAUCAACGAGUUCUUCCUCGACUCAUGCUGCAGUUACCGCUACCACGACCGCAAGACGGAGAGCAGGCGCAAGAACUGGGACGAGGAGAGUGACGUGAGCAGCAUUGACACCUCCCCGGAUGAAAUCUCCAACUUCAACCGGGACUUGAUGAUGUUCCAAAGGAUGAAGUACGGCAACUGCAGGAAGCAGCUGUGGUUGACCUUGGAGAACCCUGGGUAUUCCAUCCCCAGUAGACUCUUCAGCUUCAUGUCCAUCAGUGUAGUCCUGGGAUCCAUCGCCACCAUGUGCAUCCACAGCAUGCCCAAGCACCAGAUGUUCGACGAAUUUGGGGAGCAGAUCGAUGACCCACGGCUGCAGAUCGUGGAAUAUUUUUGCAUCGUUUGGUUCUCCAUGGAGGUCUGCUCGCGUCUCCUCCUCACGCCCAACAUCAAGAGGUUCUGCUUCCACCCGCUCAACAUGAUCGACAUUGUCUCCGUGCUGCCGUUCUACAUCACCCUGCUGGUCCACCUGAUCUUCGGCCACUCCAUGGACCUGGAAAACCUGGGCAAGGUCAUCCAGAUCCUCAGGCUGAUGAGGGUCUUCCGGGUAUUGAAACUGGCAAGGCACUCAACAGGAUUGCGCUCCUUAGGGGCCACCUUGAAGCACAGUUACCGAGAGGUGGGCAUCCUGCUGCUGUACCUGGGCGUUGGCGUGUGUGUCUUCUCCGGCAUGGCCUACACGGCUGAGAAGGACGAGGGCGUUGGCCUGGACACCAUCCCGGCCUGCUGGUGGUGGGGCACGGUCAGCAUGACCACGGUGGGCUACGGUGACGUGGUGCCCAUCACCGUGGCCGGCAAGCUGGCUGCCUCGGGCUGCAUCCUGGGUGGCAUCCUGGUGGUGGCCUUGCCCAUCACCAUCAUCUUCAACAAGUUCUCCCACUUCUACCGGCAGGAGAAGGCGCUGGAGGAGGCUGUGAGGGGGAGCCGGAGGGUGAGGAGAGAGGGCGGGGAGGAGGAGGAUGGCAGUGAGGGAGAGGAGUCGGCUCAACCAAGCGACGAGGCUCUGCGGCACUCCAGCAGAACAAAGGACCAAGAACUGCCGGCAAAGUAAGACUUGUCCGAGCCACAGAGGAAUCGUUCUAUAGAAUCUAUAUUAGAUUGCGGGACAUUCUCUACACAGGAAGAUUCUGACUGAAUGGGACGGUUGUGAGAAUUUUAUAUCCCCUCUCCCCGGCUGUAACCCUUGUGAACAACGUCCUCCUGUAAGCUAAGGGCAGCCAUGAUGUGAUAGGUGUGGUGCUACCAAUUGUUAGUCGUCCUGCUCAUCUCCUUGCCCCGCUGAACUCCACGCCAAAGGACUAUUAGAUUCAUAGAGUCAUACAGUGUGGAAACAGGCCCUUCGGCCCAACUUGCCCAUGCCGACCAUCAUGCCCCAUCUACACUACUCCCAUCUGAUCACUUUUGGCCCAUAUCCCUCUAA